GAGGCCAGGCACGACUCGCAAAUCACAACUGGCCUCCAGGCGCGCAGCAGAGCAGCCUUCCGCUUUCGCUGCAACUCCGAAAUCAACGCCGGCGGGCAUCGCCCCGUCGGCAUGGCCGACGCCGCCGCCGCCGCCGCCCCUGACGAGCUCAACAAGUGGUGGGAGACCUUCAACAAUGGCGGCGCCGUGGAGGAUGAGCCGAUGGUGGACUCCGACUCCGAUUUCGAGCAAGGGGGGCAGGGCGCGGAGGAGGAAGGCAAUGCGGGCGUGGUGGCGGGCGAGUGCCACCGGAAGGUGGAGCCGGACGCCCACGCGCCCGCCGGGAGGGAGGGCUGCAGCGGCGCCGCCCGCGAUUGCGAUGAGAAGGAGAUUUCUGAGGAUGGCCAUUUUCAGCUUGAAGGUGUGCUGCCGGGAAUGAAGAGAGAAGCAGCCGCCGGACGAAACACACCGCGGGCUACUGCAGCUGAGAUCCAGAGCGUAGAAGGUCAAGCGGAAUGUUCAAAUGCAGAGUACGUUUCUGAGGAUAACUAUGUUGGAGGUGAGUUCCAAGGAAAGAAGAGGAAAGCAACCGUGACAGCCGGCAAACUGGAGACUGUUGGAUCUGCAAUCCUGAACAAAAAUGCUCAUGGUGAGUGUCUGAGAGCUGAGAAUCAGAUGCUGAGGCUGCAGCUUGUUCGCAAGACGAAAGAGCUUGAGGCUGAACAGAUUCGGAGACUCGAGCUAGAAUUGCAUUUUAUGAGAAAGGAGAAUGAGUUUCUGAAGAAGCAGCUUGAAGAGUUGAAAGCUGAGAAUGAGUACUAUACGAAGACCGCAAAGCCACAAAAAACCCGAAGGCUGUGCAGGUUCUGUAAGGAAUAUGUCGACCACGACUUCCGCAACUGCCCCGAGAGACACGCUUCCGCUUGUUCUGAAGAAGACGACGGCUCCAUCUAACAUCCUGUGAAGUUAUGCUGUAUUACACUAGGAUCUGUAGAAUGUGCUCGUGCGGCAGUGCGCAAGCCUUUUGUUGAUUUUAGUGAUGCUUUUGCAAUUAUAUUAGCUCUAGUGGCAGCUAGUUACCGCGUAUCUUAGAAACAGGUUUGAUGCAGAAACAUGAAAUGUCUGCUGCACUUGAUCUGUUAAGCUCCUCUGAUGUUUAUGUGAACCUGAAGGCUAGUCUGAUUAGUAUUGAAUCUUCUGUGAAACAACGUACUAGCAAAGCAAAAGUUAUUGGUUGUUCAUUA